AAAAUACGAUCGACUACAGGCAAGUCAAUUGGAGAAACUUAAAAUGAAAUGUCUUCCUUCUUCUGUUUAGUUUUGUUUUUUUUUUUAGGCUAAGCCAAAAAAAAAAAAAUCGAUUUUUUAGAGAAAGAGAGAAUGAGUUAAACUUAGUUAUAUAGCUCUCUGUACAUCAAAACCCUCUGUUAGGGUUUCAUAUUUACAGUAUUUUUCAUAAAGGUUGAGUCUUUUAGGGGAAGAAGAAGAAGAAGAAGAGGUUACGGUGGUUGGUUGUGGUGGUGUUGGUGGUUUUGGUUAAAAAGGGGGGAAAAUGUACAGAGAGCGAGGGUUUAAGUCGGAGGUGAACUCGGUUGAUCGGAAGCAGCGAAUCAACGAAGUCUUGGAUAAGCAGUUGGAGAGAUCGUCGCCGUCUACGUCUUCUAGGGCUGUGGGAAUGAACGAGAGGGUACAGUCUAUACUUAUGGGGAAGACUGUUACUCCAUCUGAUCAGAGGGACUCUCGCUCUGCUUCUCUCUCUAAAACUAAUUGCUCCGAUGUUGAGGAAUCUGAAACAGACAGUGAAGAAUCUGAUGUCAGUGGUUCUGAUGUGGAAGACACUUCUUGGAUUUCAUGGUUUUGCAACCUUCGAGGAAAUGAGUUUUUUUGUGAAGUUGAUGAUGACUACAUUCAAGAUGAUUUUAACCUCUGUGGCUUAAGCAGCCAAGUUCCUUAUUAUGAUUAUGCUCUUGAUUUGAUCUUGGAUGUCGAGUCUUCUCAUGGCGACAUGUUUACCGAGGAACAAAAUGAAUUAGUCGAGUCAGCAGCAGAGAUGCUUUAUGGUCUAAUUCACGCUCGAUACAUUUUGACCAGCAAAGGCAUGGCUGCUAUGUUAGACAAGUACAAAAACUAUGAUUUUGGGAGGUGUCCCAGAGUUUACUGUUGUGGACAACCCUGCCUCCCAGUUGGCCAAUCAGACGUUCCACGAGCAACCACAGUUAAAAUAUACUGCCCUAAAUGUGAAGAUGUCUACUACCCUCGCUCGAAGUAUCAAGGCAACAUCGAUGGAGCUUAUUUCGGAACAACAUUUCCUCAUUUGUUCCUGAUGACAUACGGGCACUUAAAGCAACAAAAGGCAUCCCAGAAUUAUGUUCCCAGGGUGUUCGGAUUCAAGCUUCACAAGCCAUAAUGCUGAAGUUUCAACCUUCAUUUUUGUCAAAGAGUUUACUGAAGAGGACUUGAAAUUGAAGUUGCAUUUGCAACAAGCAAGAUGAUGCAUUUGGGAAUCCAGUGAAGCUUGAAAACCCUUUUCCUAUUUGUCAUCAUAAUAUAGAAUUUGGUUGUGUUGUGGAAAAAUUGAUAUUUUAUCAUUGCAUAUUUACAGUCAAGUCAAGAAUCUAUCUAAUUUUCAAUAUUAGCUUAGCUUAAAUAGCUUGCCCUUUUAGGCCAGCUUC